AUGGCCUUUACGUAUGUGCAGCGUAGACUUACCCAGACCUUGCGGAGUCCAAAGUGGGUUAAACGCACACUUACCCAGUACGGCACAGAUGCGUGGAAUUUGCACCUCGCGCAGCAAUGCGGCGACGACGACAUGGUUUGGGGGCCCGACCCAUUCCUCACGCCGCUUGGCGAGCAGCAAGCGGCGGCCGUGCACGAUGCAUUCGCAGACGAGCUUCAGCGUGCAGAUGCACCGCCGCUCCCCAACGUGUUCUGCUCCAGUCCUUUGUCGCGCAGCCUCGAUACUCUGCACGGCACCUGGCGCGGCAUUGUGCCGCGCAACACGCCCGUACACGUCUACGAAGGACUGCGCGAAGUGCUGGGCAAACACACGUGCGAUCGGCGUGCUUCGCGGCACACGAUCGAGCGUCGUUUUUCGCGCCAUGGCAUCUUCCCUUUGCACUUUUCGAUGCCGUUUGAAGAGGAGGAUAUGCUAUGGAGCCCUAUCCGCGAGACGGACGAUGCGAUGCGCACGCGCGUGCUAAAUGCAUUGACGUCUUAG